AUGGUUAACAAGAAGCUGAAAGUUGAAAGGGCGUCCGAUCUUCGUUGCGUUCCUUUCACAAAGACCAUAAACGAAGAUAGUGAUUUCGAAAACGAAGCGAUGUUUCUCCGCGAUUGUUCGACACGUUCGGAAUACGAAAUGUGCAAAAAGAAGCAAAAGCUCGCCCAAUGCGACCAAUCGUAUACUUUUCAUGGGGUUGAGCUUGAACAAGACGUGGCUCUCGCAAACUCUUUAUUUUCACAAGAUUUCAACGAUUAUCAACGACUAUCUAUUCUAUGCGCCACUACAAGAGAACAUUUCGGCGAUUACAAUCCGAAUGAUCCAAAGUACGCGGAACUAGUCAGAAGCGUCGUACGCCAUAACGUCAACGUCAACGUCGAUCUCGGCCUCUUGAGUCAGAAAUCCCUACAUCUGGCAGCCAUGUACGAUCAUACAAAAAUGCUAGAGUACUUACUAGCGCACCAGGGUAUCGGUGUCGAUGAUCCCGAUUCUAGCGGGACAACGGCUCUCCACGUAGCCGCAUUUCGUAAAAACAUCGCAGCGAUGGAGCUGCUGCUCAGGUACGGGGCUGAUCCCCGAGUCAAGAGCCACGAAGGUCUGAGUCCGAUGUUUUUCGCCAUUCGGUCGGGAUCCAUCGAAGCGGUCGAGCUACUCGCGAGUCAUGGCUGUGACGUCAACGAAAUCGUCGUCGAUCGUGACCUCAACCGCCGAUACUCGCAUCUACACUGCGCCGUCGAGAGGAAUCACGUAAAGGAUAAGAUCCUCCUAUAA